GUGGCUCGAUUGCUUUAUUCUGGAUGCAUAUUGGAUUAUUCUGAGAUCGAUUACAUUAUACUGAAGCAGGGCCCGGCCCCUAACGAAACAGUUCCACAAGACUCGUGAAGUGACAGAUUUUCUUAUUUUACCACUGAAAAGGCCUAUUUUCUAUCAAUUCGAACACAAUGGCCGACGACGAAUUGGAGGCUAUCAGGCGGCAACGCAUGGCCGAACUGCAGUCAAAACAUGGGGACUCUUCAAAUGAACAGCAAGGGCAGCAGGAGGCUAAACAGAGGGAAACAGAGAUGAGGAACUCCAUGCUGGCUCAGGUUCUAGACCAGUCCGCCCGCGCCAGAUUGAGUAACUUGGCUCUGGUGAAGCCAGAGAAGGCCAAAGCAGUGGAGAAUUACCUCAUACAGAUGGCCCGCAUGGGCCAGCUGGGAGGAAAGAUUUCAGAGACUGGUUUGAUCGACAUCCUAGAAAAAGUUAGUCAGCAAACAGAAAAAAAGACAACUGUCAAGUUCAACCGACGAAAGGUGAUGGACUCAGAUGAUGAUGAGGAGGAUGAUUGAUGCGUUGAAAGCAGCCCAGGAGCCAGUCAGAUGGCUGGCUUAGGGCGGGAUUCAGGACAUAGAUUGGAGCAGGGCUCUGUUCGUUGGCAGCCAUCUUUGACUUGCCAAAGGCCCUGCAUUAGUGAUGCACCCUGGGAUACCACAUCAACCCCUGUGUGCAUCUGGAACUCGUUACUAUAUUCUCUCUUAUUUUCAUUUUCACCACUUUUUAAAAAACUUUUUCUACACCACAAGAAGCAGAACAAAAUGCAACUUAGGGUAUAUUCCUGCUGCUGCAUUUUUUUAGACUGCUUUGUGAAUACUGUCUGUGUGCUGCUACUCAGCAAUAGUGAAACCAAACUGGACAGAGCACAUGGGUAUAUUCAUCGUUUUUUUUAUUCAUUUUUGGUGAUCUGUAUCCUCAACAGUUUUACAUUUAAAAAAAUAAAAAAGCCUUACAUUUGAAUGCUUAUUCCACAAAUAAUCAACACAGUUUUAUCAUGAUGAUAUUUUGUCUUUGAGCUGAGUGCUUGAAGACUCAUUGAUUGGUUAUAUGGGUUUGCACUACAUUUGUUUUAUUUAAAAAAAACUUAAGUAUAAUCACAUAAGAGCAAUGGUGUAAGAAAAGUCUAAAAUAUGUAUUAAAAUGUAGUCGAUAUUCUUUA